AUGGUCAGUCUGAACUACAUAUCUCGGCUAGCUAAUGGCGAUAUGGGGUUUCCAGAUCUACGCUCCGUGGAGAUAGACAUCGAUGGUCGUGUUUUGCCGUACCUCCGAUCGUCGGUAGAGGCAACCGAAACACUGGACCUCACGGACGACGAAAAUGAGUUCCCGCCCGCAAUCGAGGAAAUGCGACACUCUCUCAAAGCUAUGGCACCAAUGCUUUUCCACACGCAGAAACUAAAGAUCACAUACAAACAUGCCUGGCUUACUGUCACGGACCCUGUAUUGAUAUGGAUACGUACCCAAGUCUGCGAUCCUGUGGAAGAGCUGCUAUUGCAAAAGAUUGCGAUAGCUGAAGCUCAGAACAGCGAUGCGAAGUUAUGUCGAUACUACCGCUCCGGGGAAUCGCCUGAAUCAGAGAAAGAAUACGUGGAUACGUGGCCCGAGAGAGAAGCGGUGGGUAUACCUUUGUCUGACCGUGGCUUCGGGCGCACUUCAAUCAAGCUUCUGAUCAAGUAG